UGAGGUGCAGUUUUCUGGACAUGACUGUCAAACAUAACUCUCCCAUGUAUUCCUAUGAUUUCGUCUCCAUUUUUAAAAAUCCUUAUCAGAGGAUGUCACUUCAUGCUGUGUUCUGACACCUAUGGGGAGAGAGUCCUUGAACACCUUGUAAAUUCCCAGAAUGAUUAGUAACUACAGCAACCUACAUUCUUUUAAAAAGUAGCAAAGCCAUAAGCCUCUAAUGCUAACCCAUGGCAAUUAAUCUGUACCAGUGUGGAGUGUGCAUUCGCAAGAACCUUCCAAACUGUAGAUAUAAUUGUCCCAUACUGAAAUGCACCAAGGACGGAGAAGCCCUUAGGCUGAGUCCAUUCCACUUGGUAAUUAUUAAUUGUUCCACUGUGUGAUGAAGGACAAUGGCAGCACAAAAAGGGUGGUCAGAGCCAUUCAGGAGGAUUGCUAACUGAUUCAGAAUGGAAAGAAGAUGGUUUCUUUGGAACUGGUGGUUAUUCCAUAACAUUGGAAUGGUGGGUCUUUGGGAAGGGUAUGUUACUCAUCUCCAAUGCAGGGAAAACAUAACCCGAGUCCUGGUCUAAUUCAAGAAUUCCUAAAGACUGAAGGCUUUCUUAUCUUGCCAGAAUGAGACAAGUGACUUUUUGGAUUGUACUGGAACACAUUUGUCGUCUGCUAGGGAUUUCCACCGGAGCAGUGCUCAUUGCUGUGGGUACAGACACGCUUCUUCAGGGGAAGUUUAAGAGCCUGGCUGUCUACUUAAUUAUUUCAGGGAUCGCCGUUUCAGUGUGCGAAGCAGCAUACUUUGCCAGUCUGUUCUUGGCCAUCGGUUCUACCCCGAAGAUAGGAUCCAUGAAGUACACUUGCUGGAAGCAAGCCAGACGCCGUGGAGCAUUCCAGAAGUUCCUAGCAUAUGUGCUACUUUCAAUAGCAUGCUUCUUGCACCCUGUGCUUGUAUGGCAUGUUACUAUUCCAGAUUUGAAGAGUAUCUUCAGAGGCUACAAGAAGCAAAAUAUUGUCAUGUCAGACUCUUUAGCCAUAUUGUCUACAAAGAGGCAAACACACUUAGAGGAGAAUGUGGUGGAUGUUAUCUUGCCUGUUAGAGAAAAUUCAGAAGAGCUGGAAAGCCUGCCUGAGGAAACCACAUCUGAUACGGCCCUCAUUCUUAAUUCACAGAUCAUUAAUAGCUAAAAUAAUUUCUUUUUGCUACGUGCAGCUUUUUUGGCAAUGAUGUUUGCCUAUGAUUCCAGUGUUUUCUUUACAGUUACAGCUACUUCACUCACAGAAUAGACCUAAUUGCUUUGAACUAGUGACAAGGGAUACAUAUUCCCAUUAAUGCUGAUUAACAGGGAUACAUAUUCAAGAGAACUCUCUCCUAUUUCCUGGAGUCCACUUUACUUUUCUCACCGAUGAAGCAAUUUGUCUGCUUUGUCUCAUUUUAGUUAUUCAGUCACUACUAUAGCAAUUGAAAGUGCUGGUAACGAUUGAGGAAGCUAUCUGAUGUUGCUUAGCAAGUAAAGACAGUAUGCAGAAUCUCAUGAAAAAAACUGCAUUUUCCCCAGGUCAUUCUGCUUCUCGAUUUAAUAUCUUGCACUUUGGCUAUGAAAUGCAAUUUUUCAAACCCGAUUCCAACGGGACUUGAUACAGUUUGAUUAUUUUGAUCUGUACAUAAUAUCUGACUCCUAGCCAAUAGUCUGCUGCCACCUAUAACACAUAUUUUUGUUAUCUUUUGGAAACAAAUUCCAUAAACAUACUAGAGUUUCAUCGACACUUUUUUCUGAUUGGGGUGUGGUUAACUGUGGUACAACUAUCAAAACCUAAGGCUUGGCUAUUCCCAAGUGCCUAUUUCAAACUUGCUUUUGAAUUGAUUUUUCAGUUUUUAAGAAGCAAAACUUAUUUUAAAAGAUGCUUAAAAUAGAUAUAGUUAAAUUCACAUAUCUUUACAAACUAUUAACAAAUUUAAUGACCUCCCCCGCAACACCCCAACAACAGUUUGUUAUUUUUCCACAUAUUUUAUAAUUACUAUGAGGGUUAUCUGGAAAGUAAGGUUACAAGGCACAUAGCUCUCAUGGGGCAUUUUCUCAGGGUAAGUUGAUAUCACUGCCAUGUAGCGGGAAGCCAGCGGGAGCGAACAAGCAGUGCCAGUCAUCAGUAGCUCAUCACCUGGCGUUGUGAUGAAGCUUAGAGAUGAGUGUUCUCGUUCUGUUUCCUCCCAAGUGCGAAGUUUGCACUGUAAUAUGCUACCUAAAUGCUAACGGCAUGAACACCGCUGUGAUUCAUUGUGAAAUUGUUUCAGUUUAUUGAGAGGACAUAAUGUCAAGAUAAUAUGUGACAAAAUGGGUAUGGAAUAUAUUGUGAGACCAUGAAGAAACUUUGCAGAGCCAUCCAAAGCAAACGUUGUGGGACACUGAUGGUGGGAGUCUGUCUCCUUCAUGAUAUUGCACAUCCACACACUGCUCGAGCAACACAAGAGUUGUUGGCUUCAUUUGGUUGAGAUGUUUUAAGCCACCCCUCCCACAGACCUGAUCUCGCACCCAGUGACUAUCAUCUGUUCACUAAAUUGAAGGAACAUCUGGGUGGAAAACACUUUUCCGACAAUGACGAGGUGAAAAUCGAAGUGAUGAACUGGUUGAAAAAGGUGGAGGGAAACUUCUAUGACACAGGCAUCAAAAACUCAUCCUACGGAUGACAAAAUGAAUUGAACUGAAUGGUGAUUAUGUGGAAAAAUAAUACGACACCUAUGCUACAAUCCAUGUAAGUUUUAUUAAAAUAUAUUCAUUCUUUGUAUUUUUAAAAAAAUCUUGUAACCUUACUUUCUGGAUAACCCUGGUAUUAGUACUUCCUCCUCCUCCUUGUUUUCUUCUGAAGACAAAAAUCAUCAUUAUUUAUACCUCCAUUUUUUCUCUCCACAAAGUACUUUAAUGCAUUUUGUCUCACUUUGUUAUUAAACAAAUUGCUUCUACUGUC